AACUACAUGUUUAUUUGUUUGUAUUGUAUCUCUACGACAUAGAAAAGAUCGUAAAUUUUGCAUUUCUCCUAAAUAAAUCGACGUCUUCUCGUUUAAAACACAACAAUAAUCUAAAAUUAUAUAAUGCCUCACUUUAGAAUAGAAACCAACAUUUCAAGAUCAAAAAUCCCAACUGAUUUUGUGGUAAAAGCUAUACCGGUGUUAGCUAAAGCUCUUGGUAAACCUGAACAGUACUGUGUUGUCACGGUAAUUCCUGAAAUGUUGAUGAGUUUCGGUGGAUCCACUGAACCCUGUGCCAUAGCCAAUCUGAUGUCCAUUGGUUCUCUGGGUGUGGAGCAAAACAAGAAGCAUGCUAAGGUUCUUUUUGAAUUAGUUGAAAAAGAGCUGGGUGUACCAACAGACCGCAUGUACAUAACCUUCCAAGACGAACCUACCGGCAACGUUGGAUUUAAAGGAACGACUUUCCACGCGAUCUUUGGAUAAACAUUAUAAAAACAAUAUCCAAACCAUAGGAUAAAUAGCGAGAAAUGAUGUGCUUCCAUAAUAAUCUAUAAAAUGCUUAAAAUCAUAUUAAAAUUGUCUUUAGAGUAUUCUAA